AUUUGAGAAACUCGGGAAACCCUGGAAACGCUAUUUUUUUAAGCCAACUCGCGUUGCGCCUCACUCGAGUUUUGGAAAAUUCAGGCUAACCCGGGAGCACCUGAGUGCACUCGAGUUGGCUUCCUUUAACCAGAAGAAAAACCCUCCUGGAAGGCUCUCUGGCCUACAUUUCCCAGAAACCAACCGACCAUACAACUGAGCUGGAGGGAACGUCCAUGGGUAUUUUGUCUUUUUUGAUUGGCUUAUUCAAGCAACUGCAGAUUGGCGGGGUGACGGGGGAGAGAAGCCUAAAAAUGGAAGAUUCCGUCAUAACGUUUUUAGAAAAGACUCUGCAGAGAAUCCCAUCUUCAAGUCUUAAGAGUAUACUGAAUGAAUGGGGAUUCUUGUCAGCACAGCAGCUCCAAGAUCUACAUUUUCAGCAAUCCAAGCACAUCCUACACAAUAAAGUGCUUGCUUUCUGUGAGGAAAAUGGUGUGAGAAUUCGACAUGUAAUACAACUGGACAUGAUAUACAACUGUGAAUACCCUAAUAAGAGAAACUGGAGUGUUUAUCAGUUCUCAGGACAGCAAGAUGAUGCCCUUGUAUUAAACGUGACAGAAUUUAGUCAGAAGUUCAAAGUAAAUUUGAAAGACCUUUUGAGACAUGUUUCCAUUGGCAUGAAGCAAUUUGAAGAUGAUGCAGUAUGGAUCCGUGUUGCCUGGGGUGACAAUUUUACAAAGCCCAACCAAUUUAAACCCACAUAUGUAGUGUACCAGUUACAGACUCCUUAUGUGUUCAUAUCCAAUUUGAAUGUUAAACACAGACCACUGCUUUCUCAGGCACUGGUUAUUGCAACUAAACAUGAUGAGAUCAAAGAGAUUCAGCUGAGAGGACGCAGUUUGAAGUCACUGAAGGAUUUAGUGUUGCGCCGAUAUAAACAGUCUUUUCAGACUUAUCAGCCAAAACCCCUACAGGAAAGACAUUGUCCAGAAAGGGAUCAAGGUAUUGUACAUGAACAUGCAAAACGUCUGGCUGACUUGAAGGAAGUAGCAACACAAACAUUUGGAGAUGGGCCUUUGCCGAAAUUAGAGACUGCGGUUUUUAAGCUUGAAACCAAGUUUAAGGAUCCUGAAAACAGAAUAUUAACAAAUAGACCAGAGCCUUUUAGAUGCGCUGUCAAGUUUUCAAGCCCAAGCUUCCUGGAAUCCUUAAAAUCUUUAGUGACACUGGGUAUUGCGAGUGCUCCUGUGUCCCCGCUGCUUUCAUCCAUACCACAAAAAGCAAGAAAUCAUUUUGUAAUCUCAGAGAGAGGACCUGGAGUACCCUCCACACCUGCCCCAUAACCUUUUGAAGACAAAUGUUGGACAUUUAUCAGCCUAAUUAUGGAUAGAGCUGCACCCCCUUGCUCACCCGCCCGCUCGCCGCCCGCUGGAAUAUUCAGCGGUUAUAACUAAUGAAAUACAUACAUUUCUUACCUGUCAAGCGCUUUCACUGCUGAUUUCAUAUGUGAAAAGAAUUGCAAGACUUGCAGAGUGAAUGGAAGUGCUUGACAGGUAACAUUUAAAUAAGUAUUUAAUUUCCUACACUAUAACUACUUUAAGUGAUUAAUUGUUAAGUGUUUUUUUUAAAUUACGCAAGAUAUUCUCAAGAACAAUGGGGUUGAGAAACAAACUGGUUGAUUUAAAGGAUAGUAGUUUCUAUUCUGUUGUUAAAUCAGUAGCAGCUUCACCUGUGUAAUAAGGACUUGAUAUACUUAUCUUGGAGGGGAUUACUGUUUCUGGUAAGAACUUCCUUUUCACUUUUAGUUUAAUUGUUAUUGUUAUUACACACAUCAUUUGAAUUGCUUUAAUUAAACUCCUAUAUGAUUAAUAAUUUUUAAAAAACUUCCUGCUGACAUUUCUCGUUACUCGGGAUAUGGGGUAAAGUAUGAUUUUCUGUAUUUAUUUUUUUGUUCUACACUUUAAACUUAAACUUUGGGACAUUUCAUUUUGUUAUGCUAUUUGCAUUGCCCAAUUCACUUAAUCACUUGCUAAGCUGACUGGGCUGCAGGUAGUUUGCAAGCUCCCAUACUGGAGGGAGGGGUUUGGAGCUUUUUAACAGAACCUUUUAAAUCGUGUUGAAUAAACUGUUGUAUUUGCCAUAAUGUGGUACACUGUGUUUAAUAUUAAACACAUUGUUUUUGUUACAGAAAUUAAAAGAAAGAUGAUCUCCUUUGUGUUUGCUGUACAUAAAUGAAAACUUUAUUUUACGACAGAUACUUAUAGGCUAGUUGUUAAAAUAUGUGUUCCAUUUGAUUGUUUUAAGUAUAAUACUUUUUUUUUUAUUUUAUUUUUUUAAAUGUGGCAGUAUGAUUCCACAGGGAAGGAAGCAUGUGUCUGGAGCUUAAACAUUGGAGAAGUAUAAAGAAAAUUGAACUUUUAAUGUGCUCAGAAGAUUACAUUUAGGAAAGCUUGUAGAAAACAGGCAGUUAUUGUUAAAAUGAAUAUUCUGUUUGGGGAAGUGCACCUUUUAAAAGCUCUAAAAAGCUAAAUAUAUUGUUGUUGAAUUGAAUCUGUCUCUUGAUUUCUUCAUGCCAUACUGCUACUGUGACCUUUGGAACAUGAAACAUGUAUUAAUUGCACAGUAAUAUUGAUUAAAAAAAAGUUGUAAACACUUUAA